ACAUUUCUUGAAACGUCACCCAAAAAACACCAAAAAAAACACAACAAUCUGUGCCCCAUUUGAUAUAAUGCGGAAAAAUCACCCUAAAACAUGCGGUGCCUCACGUUCCUUAACCUCCUGCUGCUAAUGCACCUCACCCAAGGCACCCACAUCACUGGAACCUUCAAUUCCAAGGAAUUCUUUAAGUUUCUGGUGAAAUUCGGGUUCCAGAAGACAGACAGACAUUCCCCAGAGACCACUCGCGGGUACAUUUUCGGAAAUAUCACCUCAAAACACCACUUUUCCGAGAAAAUAACGUUUGCGGUGCUGGACAGGUCUUAUUUUGUCGAUUAUUACAAGAACAGGGUGAUUUAUGAUAAAGAUGAGGCCUGUAGAAGGAUGUUCACUAAGAUCAGCCGCAGGGCCUACGAUCCCCACUGUAUGAAAAAUGGGAGCGAUUACUUAAGGAGGGUUCCGUGCCCCAAGGGGCAUUUGUGCGAAGAUGAGGAUAAUGUGUGGAAUGUGGUGAAAAACCAUCAGUUUACUUAUGUUAUACAAGACUUAAAGCAGCCAAGUUUCUGGUAUAUCUCGAUGGUGGCUUGCUACAGGAACUCCAGCAGCUGCGAGUGGCACCACUAUGACACUAAAACCCCUUUUGACAUCGAAUACGACAUUUGGCUGGUCAAUGGAAACCCUAAUAACUCUGCUUUCAGCACUUAUCAGUUUUCCUUUGACAGGCAAAACACUUUGGAGCUGUACCUGCUGUUUUGGCUCUGUUACAUCGUCCUGGUGCCCCUACAGUGUCAUGCUGUACGAAUACAGAAACACCCUGUGACCAGGCUGUUUACGGCAAGUUUGCUUCUGGACUUUGUUGCUUUAUGUUUUAACUUGAUACACACCCUUAAGUUUGGGAUAAACGGCGAGGGGUUCCCUAAAAUUCAAAUGACUGGGGAUAUUUGUGACAUUCUUUCGAGGACCUCUUUCAUGCUUCUCCUGCUACUUCUCGCUAAAGGUUGGGCAGUCACGAGGCUUGAAUUGACCUGGAAGCCUUUGGUGUUUGCCAUAUGGCUCUGCUACGGAAUCGUCCAUAAUUUGCUCUACAUUUGGAACCUAACCGAGGUGGAUAUCAUAGAGGAUAUAGAUGAGUACCAGACUUGGCCCGGCUGGUUAAUUAUCGUCUUUAGGUCCCUCAUAAUGUGCUGGUUCUUGUACGAGUUAAGAACGACGAUGCUUUACGAACACAACGCGCAAAAGUUGAACUUUUUACUGCACUUUGGCGCCUCCAGUUUGGUCUGGUUCAUUUAUUUGCCCAUUUUGGCACUAAUCGCGCUGCACGUGUCCGCUUUGUGGCGUUUUAAGUUACUUUUGGGUAUAACCUACUCGGCAGACUGCUUCGCCUAUUGCGUAAUGGCCCAUUUACUGUGGCCCACUAGGAGCGAGCAGUAUUUCCUACUCAAAGGACAAACCGCCGGAGAUCUGGAGGAACUGGACGAGUUCAACGAGGCCCCGCACAUCGUCAACAACUCGUACACCUCCCUGAGCAGUGUCGGCUCAUUGGACAUCGGGGUGUACGAGGAGCAAAGCAAACAUAAACCGAUCCGUGCAUAGACUAAUAAUUAUUAUUUUUAAGUUUAAAAGCGUAGGUUUAAUUUAAAACUGUGAUUUUGAUGACGUUCGUUGUUUUUUAUUUCGUUUAAGUUUAAGGGACAAUUUAAGGGUCGUUUGCUCAAGUUUGGUUAGGGUUGCCUUCCUCGUCUCCCAGUUUUGGGGCUGCAACGGUGCCAAAUGUAAAUAUUGUGUUUUUUUUUGUAUUGUGAGUGUAGGUUUUAGUAUGAAUUUCGCUCAUUUUCGUGUCUUAACUGUCAAUUUUUAAGGAGAAAUGCCACCCACAUACACAACACACACAUCGAUCAAUCAGAACCUUAGCACAGAGUUAUUCUUGUAAAAUAAAGAGAUAUGACCAUU